AUGGCGGCCGCCAUUUUGAAACUGGAGGCGAUCCGCGGAGGCGGGGAAACCCAGGGUGAUACCAUCUUCGGGGGGUCAAGCAGUGAAAGGAAGAAGAGGAAUGGUUUCUCGGAGCCACCUCUCCCUUCGAGCGGGCGCGGCGAAUGGUGGGUACCGAGGCCGCAGCUUCCGCCGGCGCCGGUGGCUGGGCUCACCGCCGCCCUAGGUCGUGGUCUCGUUGUUGCUCCCGAGGCUUCAGCAUUCAUGAUGAACUUACUUCAGAUUGUGCGUGACCACUGGGUACACAUACUUGUCCCUGUGGGAUUUGUCGUUGGAUGUUACCUAGACAGAAAGAAUGAUGAAAAGCUAAUUGCCUUCCGGAACAAGAGUCUGUUAUAUAAAAGGGAAUUAAGACCCAGUGAAGAGGUCACCUGGAAGUAAAGGCUGCUGCUGAAUUACAGAAUGUUCACAGUUUUUAAAUUAUAAGAGAAAUAAAAACACAUUCAUUACUUAAUUUGA